CAUGCGCGUUAUAAUGCCAUCAGGUCCCAGAGCGUCAAGUAGUCAACUCAACACCUGUAACAGCUCAUUCAAAACAUAACGACGCCAACUCUCCUUUCCCAUGGAGUAUUUUUGACAAUGCACCGGGAGGUUACAGAUGUAGCUGGGGUCUGGCAGCUAUGACCAUGGUGCUGUGCUGGGGUGGUUUGUUGGUGUUGGCGGCCCUGUCCCGGGCCCUGGGCACUCUGCAGCAUUCAGUGGAGCCUUCUGUGCCAGAUGAAUGGGUCCUGCUUCAUGUCGUGCAAGGCCACAUUGGGGCGGGAAACUACAGCUACCUGCGUCUCAACCACGAAGGACGCAUUAUCCUGUACAUGCAAAGCCUUAAGGGAGAUGCGGAUAUCUACGUCUCUGACAAGACGCUGCGGCCAAACUUUGAUACCUACAAGCUUCAGUCUACCACCUGCGGCCAGGAUGUGGUGAUCGUCCCGGGGGAUUUUGUUAGGCCUGUUGGAAUUGGAAUCUACGGACAUCCAUCCUACAUGGAGAGUGAGUUUGAGAUGAGGGUGUUUUACGACCAGACGGCACAUACAGAAGAGGAAGUUGAGAAAAACUCUUAUUCCUCAGAUGAGACUCCUGGACAGUCUCAACACUCUCAGGGCCCUGAGGACGGGAUGGAAGAAGAGGAAUCAAUCCUCUGGACUAUUCUAAUUGGGAUUCUUAAGAUCAUACUUGAAAUUUUAUUUUGAUUUUGAUGUUCCAGCUGCCAAAAUAACACAUUUGCCACAAUUAAAAACAU